AUGGCGUUCACAGAGGUCCUGGAGCAAGCCGGGGGCAUGGGCCUCUUCCAGACCCUCCUGGUCCUCAGCCUCUUCCUCCCCUCCGUCCUGGUCCCCUCCCAGACGCUUCUGGAGAACUUCUCAGCCGCCAUCCCGGGCCACCGAUGCUGGACCCACGUGCUGGACAAUGGCUCCGAGGUCCCCGCAAAUGUGACCCCCGAGGCCCUCCUGGCCGUCUCCAUCCCACCAGGCCCCGACGGGGGCCCCCACCGCUGUCGCCGCUUCCGCCAGCCACAGUGGCAGCUCCUGGACCCCAACGCCACGGCCGCCAACUGGAGCGAGGCCGCCACGGAGCCGUGCGUGGACGGCUGGGUCUAUGACCGCAGCACUUUCACCUCCACCAUCGUGGCCCAGUGGGACCUGGUAUGCAGUUCCCAGAGCCUGAAGCCCCUGGCUCAGUCUCUCUUCAUGUUUGGCAACCUGGUGGGCUCCUCCUUCUGGGGCCUCCUCUCCUGCCGGUUCGGGAGGAAGCCCAUACUGAACUGGUGCUAUCUGCAGAUAGCUGCCACGGGCACCAGCGCCAUCUUCGCCCCGUCCUUCCCGGUCUACUGCGUGCUGCGGUUCCUGAACGCCUUUGCGCUGACGGGCGUCCUUAUGACCUCGAUGGUCCUGAUGGUGGAGUGGACGGCGACGCACCGGAGGGCUUUCACCUUGACGGUGCUAGGAUGCGCCAACAGCAUGGGCCAGAUGGCCAUGGGCACUGCUCUUCCCCUGCACUCGCACCCGGCCCCCACCCCAGCCUCGUCCCUUCGCAGACAGUGGCUGCCGGAAUCCGCCCGGUGGCUGCUCACCGUGGGCAAGCCCGAACAAGCGCUUCGGGGACUCAGAAAGGUGGCCAGGAUCAAUGGCCACCAGGAAGCCAAGAAGACGCUGACCAUCGAGGUGCUGAUGUCCAGCAUGGAGGAGGAGGCGGCCUCCGCGAAGGACCAGCGGUCAGUGCUUGAUCUACUCCGCGUGCCCACGCUCCGUCGGAGAAUCUGGACGAUGCUGGUGGUGAGCUUCUCAAUGAUGUUCUCCUACUACGGGCUGGUCUUGGACCUGCAGAGCCUGGGCCGUGAUAUCUUCCUCCUCCAGACCCUGUUCGGGGCCGUGGACUUCCUGGGCCGGGGCGCCACCACCUUCCUGCUCAGCGUCCUGGGCCGCCGCACUCUCCUGGCCAGCUUCCAGACCACGGCCGGCCUCUCCAUCCUGGCCAACGUGCUGGUGCCACAAGAUCUGCAGACCGUGCGCGUGGGCUUCGCGGUGCUGGCGAAGGGGUGCUUUGGGGUCAGCACGAUGUGCUUCAGCAUCUACAAGGCCGAGCUCGUCCCCACGCCCCUGCGGAUGACGGUGGACGGCUUUCUGCUGUCGUUGGGCCGGCUGGGGGCCAUGGUGGGUCCCCUGAUCAUGAUGACCCGCCCGGCCCUGCCCCUGCUGUCCCCUCUCUCCUACGGCAUCUUGCCCAUCGCGUCCAGCCUGCUUGCUCUGCUGCUGCUCCCAGAGACCGGGGGCCUUCCGCUCCCCGACACCAUCCAGGACCUGGAGAGCCAAUCCGUGGCAGCCCGGGGCAGCCGGCAAGCGGCAGUCAUCACAGAAAGCACCUGGUUCUAG